GGAGAAAACUUGUUCACCUUAGCCUCUAAUGAUAGAACAAGAAGCAAUGGGCUUAAACUGCAGCAAGGGAGAUUUAGGUUGGACAUUAGGAAAAAGUUCCUAACUGUCAGGGUGGUUAAACACUGGAAUAAAUUGCCUAGGGAAGUUGUGGAAUCUCCAUCUCUGGAGAUAUUUAAGAGUAGGUUAGAUAAAUGUCUGUUAGGGAUGUUCUAGACAAUAUUUGGUCCUGCCAUGAGGGCAGGGGACUGGACUCGAUGACCUCUCGAGGUCCCUUCCAGUCCUAGAGUCUAUGAAUCUAUGAAUCUAUGUGCAGGUCAUAGUGGAUGGCUUUGCUGCAGUGGGAUUCCCUAACUGUGGUGGGGCGAUAGAUGGAACCCAUAUCCCUAUCUUGGCACCGGAACACCAGGGCAGCCAGUACAUAAACCGCAAGAGGUACUUUUCAAUGAUGCUGCAAGCACUGGUGGAUCACAAGGGACAUUUCGUCAACAUCAACGUGGGAUGGCCGGGAAGCAUUCAUGACGCUCGUGUCUUCAGGAACACUACUCUGUUUAAACGGCUGCAGCAAGAGAUUUACUUCCCAGACUAGAAAAUAACCACUGGGGAUGUUGAAAUGCCUAUAGUUAUCCUUGGGGACCCAGCCUACCCCUUAAUGCCAUGUCUCAUGAAGCCAUACACAGGCAGCGUGGACAGUAGUAAGGAGCUCUUCAACUAUAUGCUGAGCAAGUGCAGAAUGGUGGUAGAAUGUGCAUUUGGAUGUACACUCACCAGAGGUCCCUUCUCCAGCUUCAUGGUCCAGGAUACAGCCUUGGGAGGGUUAGGCUAUUUCAGUCAGGCUGAGGAAAAGAUCCUCGGUGUUGAGGAGAACGGUGUGCUGUGUGCUCUCUACAAUCUCGUCCUCCUCCUCCUCCUCAUCUUCCCCACCUGCAAAAUCCUCAGGCAUGGCUGAGAGUACCCCCUCCUCGGAAUCCACAGUCAGAGGUGGGGUAGUGGUGGCGGCACCCCCUAGAAUUGCAUGCAGCUCAGCGUAGAAGCAGCAUGACUGUAGCUCUGCACUGGACCAUCCGUUUGCUUCUUUUGCUUUCUGGUACGCUUGUCUGAGCAACUUAACUUUCACGCAGCACUGUAGUGAGUCCCUAUUUUGGCCUCUCUCCAUCAUGCCCAUGGAGAUCUUUUCAAAUGUUUUGGCAUUUUGUCUUUUGGAAUGUAGUUCUGCUAGCACGGAAUCCUCUCCCCAUACAGUGAUCAGAUCCACUACCUCCCAUACAGUCCAUGCUGGAGCUCUUUUUCGAUUCUCGGACUGCAUGGUUACCUGUGCUGAUAAGCUCUGCAUGGUCACCUGUGCUGAUCAGCUCUCCACGCUGGGCAAACAGGACUUGAAAUUCAAAAGUUUGCGGGGCUUUUCCUGCCUACCUGGCCAGUGCAUCCGAGUUCAGAUUGCUGUCCAGAGCAGUCACAAUGGUGCACUGUGGGAUAGCUCCUGGAGGCCAACACCAUCAAAUUGCAUCCACACUAACCCUAAUUCGAACUGGCAAUGUUGAUUUCAGCAUUACUCCCCUCAUAGGGGAGGAGUAUAGAAAUCGAUUUUAAGAGCCUUUUAUGUCAAAGUAAAUGGCUUCUCUGUGUGGACUGGUGCAGGGUUAUUUCAAUUUAACGCUGCUAAAUUCGACCUAAACUUGUGUGUAGACCAGGCCCAAGGCUGUUGACCCAAGCUGAGAGGCUUGCUUCAAAAUGCUGUGUAGACAUACCCAUAGUGACCUUUAGUCCCAGUGAGCUCUUGAGCAAUGUGUUGGCCCACUGUUCACCAGUCACCUCUAGAGAGACUUUAACACCACAGUGUGUGUAUGCAUUACAGCAGCGAACAGAGGAGAAGAAAACACGGAGAGUUUGCUGGGAACUUGCAAGUACCAGGAGGAUGAAGGAGGUGACUGCUAGCAGCCAGCAUGGAUUUACCAAGAACAAUCAUGCCAAACCAGCUUGCUUUCCUCCUUUCACAGGGAAGCUUUUGCAAUCCUUUCAGUUCUGCAAUUCUGAUCAAUAGAACUGUGUGUGUGGGGAGGCUGCAGCCACAGGCUGGGAUGGAUAGGACCUGGAAGCAGACCCAGCAAGCAGAAUACGCCAGUGCUCUUCAAAGUUUGGCUUUGGAAAGAUCACGCUGCAUCCAUUCGACUCUGGGUGGGGAGGACCAGGCUCAGAGGUUAACCAGCACUGAACAGCAUCACCUCAAUCCAGAGCCCUCUGCACAUGCCAGGGCAGGAGCACUGUCCUGGCUGUCAAGGCUGAUGGACUCCUCUGGAAGCAAUAGGUUGUUGCUUGGUCAACAGUAAAUGAGAAAAGAGAGGAAGUAACCUAUGAGAGAAGGGACAGUGAUGCACAAUCAACCUGUGGAACUCUUUGCCAGAGGAUGUUGUGAAGGCCAAGACCAUAACAGCGUUCAAAAAAGAACUAGAUAAAUUCAUGGAGGAUAAGUCCAUCGAGGGCUAUUAGCCAGGAUGGGCAGGGAUGAUGUUCCUAGCCUCUGUUUGCCAGAAGCUGGGAAUGAGCGAGAGGGGAUGGAUCACUUGAUGAUUACCUGUUCUGUUCAUUCCCUCUGGCACACCUGUCACUGGCCACUGUCAGAAGACAGGAUACUGGGCUAGAUGUACCUUUGGUCUGACUUGGUAGGGCCAUUCUUAUGUUCUUAUGUUCAGUGCAAGUCAAAUGGGCCAGCAGCAAUUAAAGAGCAACUUCCCCACCACACAGCUCUUGGAAAGAGGCUGAGAUUGGAGGGGCAGGUGGGGUAGGCAGAUAUGAGCUCAUAGGGUGACCAGCCAUUCUGUAUUUUAAAGAACAUGGCUUAUGUGGUGCCUAAUGUCCUGUGAUAUGACCAGUGUCCAAGAAGGAGACAUUAGGAUACACAUCUGAUUUCCAGUAAUAAGUAUUGGACCACAGAGCAAGUGGGCAUAGUAUGUAGGUGGGUAUGAAACUGGAGUAAUACUGAGAGGAGGAAGGAGUGGAGUGGGUGUGGCAGACAGCAGGGUGGGUGUCUGAGGUUGAAGAGACAGAGAAGAGAUCAGAGGGGUGAGUGUGCACAGAGGAAUGCUGGAGAACUCCUGCAGUCAGAGAGGAUAUGAGCUAAGAACAGAUAGGUGGCCCUGGGGCUUGGCAGUGGCCCUACAUGCUGUUAUCAUAUGUUUUGUAUUCUUAGAAUAAGAAGAAAAGAAGAGGACAGAAAAUUUUCUGCUUUGGAAGAAUCGGGUCAGUGACACAAUGUCCUCGAAGGGGGGAAUUAGCACUCUUUCACCCCUGAGUGUCACCACCCUGUCCGCUAAUACCUCAUGUGGGGUGGACUCUGAGUUCAGAUACCCGCUUUUCACCAUCUUGUACAGCUUCAUCUUCAUUCUGGGCUUCAUUGCCAAUUGCUAUGUGCUGUGGAUUUUCUGCCGGGUUUAUGCUUGGAGGAAACUAAAUGAAAUCAAGAUCUUCAUGGUGAACCUGAUAGUGGCUGACCUGCUGUUCCUAAUCACACUGCCCCUGUGGAUCGUUUACUAUCACCACCAAGGAAACUGGAUUAUGCCUACAUUCCUGUGUAACGUGGCUGGCUACUUGUUCUUUGUUAACACCUACUGCUCCAUCGCCUUUUUGACAGUCAUUACAUACAACCGAUUCCAGGCAGUAACCAAGCCCAUCACAGCUGCUCAGUUCCCCACCCGGAGAAGGGGUAUCUUCCUCUCUGCAGCUAUCUGGAUGGUGAUAGUGAGCAGUGCUUUGUACUACCUCAUUGGCGAUGGAACUAAUGAGGAGGAGACUCACCAUGGCACCAUGAAGCGGUGUUUCGAGCGCUAUAGCACCACCGACAACACUGUGCCCAUCCUCGCCAUCCACAUUGUCAUAUUCAUUAUCUUUGUCUUCAUUUUCCUGUUUAUACUGGUGUGUAACUUGUUCAUUAUCAGGACACUGCUGACCAAGUCAGUGCAGCUGCAGAAGAGCACCCGUGUCAAGCAGAGGGCAUUCAGGAUGGUAUGCACUGUCCUCACUGUAUUCAUCGUAUGCUUUGUACCUCACCAUCUCAUUGACCUCCCCUGGACCCUGACGGUCCUAGAGCUGUGGCAGAAAGAAAACUGUCCAUUGCGCCAGCAGAUCAAUGACGCCCAUCAGGUGACUCUAUGCCUCCUGAGCACCAACUGCAUGCUGGACCCUGUCAUCUACUGCUUCCUCACCAAGAAGUUCAGGAAGCACCUUUCAGAGAAUCUUAAAAGCAUGAAAGGGAGUCGCAAGUGUUCCAGGCAAACCACUGAAACAGCGAUUGAGGGCACAGUGCCCAUCAAUGACCUCCCCACCAACCCCAUGAGAAAUGAAUAUAGCCCUGUCUCCUACUGAGCAAGGCUCGGCUACUUGUGUCAUCAGCUUCCUCUCACUAAGCCAGGCCGGAGAGGGACACAUCAGUGGGCCAGAUCUCAGUAUUUCCAUCAGGAAGAGGAAAUAUGAGCAUUCAAUCCCCGUAUCCACAAAUGCAACCAGAGGAAUAGGGACCCAGCAGGGACUGCAAAGAGGCACCUUCUGACACAUACUGAUGCUUCAUGGGACACUAAUCACAGCUCAGCUUGUUUUCUUUUCUGUGAAGAAAAAUGCCAUUGACUUUGUGUCUUUCCCCCUCCUCCUAUCUCCUUGUGUGAUCUGUCAGCACUUUAACAUUGGAAAGCAAGGGAAUUGCCAUGAAGAGAGCUCACCCUUAUGAAUGACAGAGAGUCUAUGCAAUCUGAUCCAAGUAACCAGGCUGGGGAGAAGGGGGGUCUGUGAAAGUCGAUGGGUAGUGGUGGUGUGCUGGAAACCUCAGCCUUAGCUCCCCCAAUCCCUGGGAUCCGUAUGUGCAGAUUUUAAGGCCACCAGGGACCAUUAUCUAAUCUGACCUCCUGCAUGUCACCGGCUAGAGAAUGUCACCUUAUUCGUGGACCCAGCCCAAUAACUUCUGGUUGAGCUAGCACAUAUCUUUCAGAGAGACCGAAUAUCAACUGAAAACCUCCAAGUGACAGAGGAUGAUUGCCAGCAUAGGAGUUAAGAUGGCAAAUAAAUAGGGUUUUAAUGCUUCAUCAUCAUAGCUUUUAUUUAUUAUAGAUGAGAUUAUAAAGGGGGAGUGGCUAUUGUCCCUAAGCUUGUGCUGCUGGAAACAAAGUAAUGUAGCUGGUUGCUUAUUUGAAGACUGUUUUCUGGUAUUUUAUCAUUAAUAAACUAACAGCUUGUGGCCACACCCCAGGGUACCCUCCAAACUACUCAACUGCUGCCGUGGUGGUAAGUCCAGUGCAAAAAUGUUAAGGGUUUUAAGCUCAGGCAUUCAGUCCAGGAUGAAAUGGAUCCUGCUCAGGGGCGGCUCCAGGCCCCAGCACGCCAAAUCCAUGCUUGGGGUGGCAAGCUGUGGGGGGUGCUCUGCCGGCGCCUCGAGGGCGGCAGGCAAGCUGCCUCCUCGGUUUGCCUGCGGAGGGUCCGCUGGUCCCGUGGCUUCGGCUGACCUCCAGCAGGUGCGCCUGCAGAGGGUCUGCUGAUGCCGCGGCUUCGGCGGACCUCCCACAGGCAUGCCUGUGGGAGGUCCGCCGAAGCCGCGGGACCAGCAGACCAUCCGCAGGCAAGCCGCGGAAGGCAGCCUGCCUGCCGUACUUGGGGCGACAAAAUUCCUAGAGCCACCCUUGAUCCUGCUCCAAACAGUGCUGGCAGCAGACAAUUUGGGCACAUAGAAAGCUGGCUAUCCUGAGGGUGCCAGGCUUGGUUACAGAUCAGAAGACACUCAAGGCUCCUUGUCUAACCCUGAGUUGCUCAAUACUAAACUUCCAUCAAGCAUAGGAAGUAGAACAGAGUGGGGAACUUGGUUGGCUUAUACAUGAGGUUUUGGUUCCUCAACUUUUCUAGAAAAAUUUCCCAGAUGGUGAUGGGAAAAACUCAUCUGCCACAUUGACACUGGAAAAGGUUAUUUAUACCAGUCAGCAGCAGCCUGGUGAUACCAGCCAGAUAACUGCUAGGAGUGUUUGUGUGGCAAACUCCAAACCUCUCCAAUCAUCUGACCAACAAUGGUAUUAUAUUAUGCCCAUAUUUCACUGAGAGGAUUCCCAGCUCUUCGAUCCCCAGUCAUCACUGGUGGACCACUGAAACUUUGAUAUUUGUGAGUGGGCAAAAAGUUUAGACUUUUCCUUUCUACUAUGGACCUCACAGUGGUCACCCAUGCAUACAGAUGCUACAGUGCAGGACAUGGAUAAGAACCUGAUCAGAACUGCAUGUGCCUUUGCCUCCUCUAGGCUAGACUACUGCAAUGAUCUCUGCUUAGGGCUGCCCAUGAAGACGACAUAGGAGCUUCUUCUAGUGCAGGUAUGGCAUCCACUUGGCUAUUAGAGCAAACCAUUCUGAGUGCCUAACGCUCAUGCUCAAACCUUUGCCCUGGACCCCUGUUCAUUUGGAAUGCAAUCCAAGGUAAUGUCAAUGAUCUUAAAAACUCUUAGUGGGCUUACUUGCUGGAGUCACCACCUCACAUUUAGGCACAACUGUGGCAGUUAUUGGAGGAUGUGGUGGCACUCCCCAGGCAUGGUGGUAGAAUUUUCUGGUUUUGGAGAACUCUCCCAUUGGCGGGCCUCCACUACUUGAGUUUUGCAACUUUCAGAGAACAAUGAAAGGGGGUAGUGUUUGCUGCAGGGUUUGUUAAGUGUGUUGAUUUUGUACUGUGUGUUCCUGGAAAUCUUGCAAUAGAGACUAGUUUAUGGUACACAUUGUGGAUAACUUUGUACAAGUAUGUUUUGCUCCACUGUGCUUAGCUGCUAUGGCAAUAAGUGCUUGGCUACUAGAUGUUUGCAUUUUUUAUUAAAGGGAAAGACAAAGAUAUUUGCGCAGGACAGAUAAUGCACUCCAGUUGGAUUUUUUUUAAACUUAACCAAAUCAUUUAAAAUAUAUCUGUUUAAAAAUUUUGCUGCAAUUUUUCACUUCUGCUUCUGAGAUGACCAUUUCAAUUUUAGAGGAGGAACGGGAUUAUACUAACGGGAAACUAAACUGCAUGCAGGACAAGGAUGUCCUGGUCUGUCUUAGCAAAAUGGAUCCUCCAGAAGAGUCUUAAAUAAAUGUAAAACUCUGCCCACUUGAGCUCAAUCCUCUGAUAUUUUUUCUAUAUUCACAAAUAAAGGGGGCAGGGGUGUGAAGGGGAUGUGAAAAGAAAUGGGUAGAAAAAAAGUGAUGUUCUCACCCAGACCAAAAAGGUAGAAAUUCUUAAAUCAAGCCAAGCUGGAUGUUUUGAUGAAACAAGUCACACAUUUUUAAGAUAGUGUAAAUGGGGCUAUAAGAAUGAUGUCUGUAAUGAUGAACAGAAUUAGGGGAUGAGGACUAGACAUAAAGGCCAGAAUGGACAAUCAGGAUCAUCUAGUCUGACCUCCUGCACAAUUGCAGGCCACAGAACCUCACCCAACACUCCUGCAAUAGAUCCCUAACCUCUGGCUGAAUUACUGAAGUCUUUAAACAAUGAUUUAAAGACAGAAAAUCCACCAUUUAUUCUAAUUUAAACCAGCAAGUGACCCAUGCCCAUGCUGCAACAGAAGGUGAAAAAACUCCGGAGGAAUAUUUCUAUAACAAUGAAUAGAUAUUGGGGUAGAAUUCACUCCAUAAAGUGACUGUUUAACAGUCAUAUGAAGAAUCAGUAUUGUGAAGAGGGUUUCAAUUUUUUUUUCAGAUUAAGUUUUACAUUGUGAUUUCUGGUAGGUGAAGUCGGGACCAAAUCACCACCUUGCCUGCUGAGAGGAUUGAUGGUAGCUGUAUUCCAGGAGCAUAAAUACUCUCUCAGGGCCAACUGCAAUACCCCUAUUUAUACUGAGUAGUCCUACUGAAACUAAUGGGAUUAUAUGAGAGGUAAUGUACGAUUCAGUGUUAAGAGUAUCAAUUUGAGGGCCAGAUUAUAAAGUACUAGGGACCAGGACUCCCUUUUUAGUUGUGUCUUGUAUUGCACUGAACGUUAUAAUUACUUAACAAGUAACUAAUUCUCAAUAAACAACUUUCACACUUAUUCAACCUGUUUUUCAUUUCUCAGCUGAGUGACAGGCUUUUACUAGAGAAAUUUUGGUUUGGAUGUGCUUGUCCUUUCUUCAGUUGGAUUUAGCUAGGGAGGUGCUGGUUUUCCAGUGCCAAGGAAUUCUACAUGUAGCCAAAAAACUGUGCCAGAUUGGCAAAGUUUAUCUUUCAUUUACCCUUUGGGCUGCUUGCAAGGAUAUGGAAGAUGGAAUUAAAGAGUAUGUUCAUCCACACAUCUUUGUUCACAUGAUCCACUCCAUUGUGUCCAAACUGCUGUAUUACUGGCCAUUGCCAGGGAACAGGUUGAGACUUAACAUCAGGGACAAGUCAAGUUCCCCUCCUUAUUAUUGGCAAAGAGUUUUAAAGAUUAACCUGAACCAAAACUCUGGUUUUCAAAUUCUGUUAAAGGUGACCCUAUGACCCCAAGGUCAGUAACUGUGAUAGUCAGCAUUUUCCAAACAUUAAUGUAUUAGGAAGUAUUAUUAUUCUUGUUUUACAGAGGGAUUUACCCACAGGAAGUUAAUGACAGGAAUGGGACCACACUUCUUCUUAUGUUAGGAUACUGCAAGCUGCUUAGGGGAAAAACCCAAAAUUAGCAAUCAGUAACUAGUUGCUUGUUCCCCCCCACUCCGCCCACAAUAUCAGUGAUCAAGAACAAGAGCACAUUUAAAACUGAUCAAAGGAAAUAUUUGUUUUCACAGUGCACAAUUAGCUUGUGGAACUCACUACCAUGAGAUAUCUAUAAAAGAGCCCAUUCUGUGUUCAGUGCAAGGUUUGAGUGGAGUGCAGUAAACACGGCCAACAACCACACACUGAACAAUGAAGUUAAGGAAAAAGACUGAAUAAGAAACCAUUCCCUGAGCAUUAUCCAGUCUCAGCACAGAAUGAGGCAGGGGUCCUGGAGAAAAAUAAAAUGUGAUUAUGUAAUUAAAGACUGCAUCACAUGGAUAUGCAUUGGGCAGGUGAAUUAGGGUUGCAAGGGCAACAGCAAUUCUGGCAUUUCCUAAUUUCUGAGUGCUUGAUUUUGCUUCACAUUCUUUCAACUCAGUUUUUGGGUAAGCAAUCCAUAAUUACACGGAUGGCCAUAAAUGUUAGUAAAAAAUACUAGUAAAGCAAACGCUGGUUUACUAAGUAUACCUCUCAACCUUCAAACCUGCCAGUGGGUGACACAAUCAUUCAAAAGGUGUGACUAAUGACCAAAAUGUGGAACACCUGUGUUAUGUUACAUGUAGUAUCAGGACUCACCACUUGGACAAAAUCCAGCCAGACUGCUGGGAUGAUGUGGUGAGAAAAACCUUUUUGCUUUAAGUUCACUAGCUUGUUAAAUUAGAUAUUUUUUACCUUUUAUUUCUUUGUAACCAAUUCUGACUUUCAUGCCUCAUUACUUGUAAUCACUUAAAAUCUACCUUUCUGUAAUUAAUAAACAUUUUAUUUUUUUAUCUAAA